GGUACUGCUCAAUGAGCAUGGCCUCAGCAUAGAGCUGCUCUGGAUCCCGCCUCUAGUGUUCAUUGCAGUGCAACCAUUUGCCCUGGCAGAGUUGCCUCUUGGGACCGACUGGUUCUCUAGCUUCCCCAAGUGGCCACAGAAGUUCUGCAGGGGGAAGAGAUGAUGCUAAGUAGGAGAUGAGCAGUGUGUACAGCCCACUUCUCAAAUCAGGAAGCAUUGUUUUCCCUUAGAUGUACAUCUUCCCUGUUUUAACCCAACUUUCUUGGCUCUUCAGACUCCAGCGUAUCACAUCAGAACUCCUUUGAAGUCUGAUUAUUCCAGUCAAAUCUAUCUGGCAAGGGGCUUCCUCCUGAGAGGCAGCUUUCAGGCCCUACCCAGGAACUGGACUGGAUUUCUGAGAUGGAACCUGGAUGCAACUUGCAGCAAAGCUGUGGUCAUUCAUGGAAGAAUGGUCUGAAGAGUGCCCUAAGAAGAAAUUACUUAAAUGAUAAGUUGCAUGUGGCUGCUGCACACAGGUCUGGCAUAUGUUUUGACAAGUUAAAAAAUGACCUGCAAAUCUGUAAGCAAGCUGAACAAAGUCUGCUAUCAAAAUAGUCUUCUGGGGAAGCAAAGAUGCACGUAGUCUGUUUCCUUGUUCCAGACUCACCAGUUCAAGCUAUCCUUCAGUUGUGCUUUGUGAUGGUCUGUCACAAUGCUGGAGCCUACAUAACCUCCUGUCUGGAGAAGAUGACCUGGAUAAUACUGAUGCACUACCAGUGACCUUGAGUAUUUCCAGAUACAGUUCAGGAGAACAUUUCUUCAGACCUUUAAAAUGCUGUCUGCUACACAUAUUUCAACUGUGAACUUUCGAGGCAUCUGGGCAAAAAAUGAUAGAUCACCAAAUAUCAAGACUGAAAAGUGAGCAUGCUGGAUGGCUGCCUCUGGAGGAAGCCUGACAAUGGAGCUCCAGCAACAAGAAGCUUUGCCAUUUUAUGGCUAGCGACCGACACGAGAGAGACUUUUGUCAUGUUCCACAGUGAAGGCUAACGUCAAAGUAGUAUCCAGUCAGACUUUGCAUGGUAUAAUGAAGAAACAGGAUUUUCUAGCAUGGAGAACUCAAGUUUUGACAUGAGCACCAGAGGGGGAGUGCUGUGAACUUGACUGCUGUCACUUCCUUUUGUGUCUCAGUGCAACCUACUAGAAGAAGGAGAAUGUGAUUAAGACACCUGUCCAUGAUGAUUCCAUCAUCUGCAGCAACUCCUGCUAGCGAUGUUGUGCUUUUUCCAAGCUUGUCUUCUCAGGAAAUAUGGAGGUCACAGGUUCCAGGCUAUUCUGGAUCAGUCACACGGCACAUCAGUCAUCGGGCCAACAACUUUAAGAGACAUCCAAAAAGGAGAAAACACAUCCGCCCUUCGCCACCGCCACCACCAAACACUCCAUGUCCUAUUGAUUUGAUUGACUUUGGGGAUCUCCAACCCCAGAGGUCUUUUCUUGAACUCCUGUUUAAUGGAUGCAUCCUGUUUGGACUUGAGUUCAGCUAUGCCAUGGAAACAGCCUAUGUUACCCCCGUGCUGCUUCAGAUGGGGCUUCCAGACCAGUUGUAUGGGAUGGUGUGGUUCAUCAGCCCUAUAUUAGGGUUCUUGCUGCAGCCUUUGCUGGGGGCCUGGAGUGACAGAUGCACAUCAAGAUUCGGGAGGAGAAGACCCUUCAUUCUGGUCUUAGCAAUAGGAGCAUUGCUGGGGCUCUCGCUUAUGCUGAAUGGCCGAGAUAUUGGCAGUGCGUUGUCUGACUCUGUGAGUAACCACAAAUGGGGAAUCAUUCUUACAGUCUGUGGUGUCAUCCUCAUGGACUUCAGCGCAGAUUCGGCAGACAAUCCCAGUCAUGCCUACAUGAUGGAUGUGUGCAGCCCAGCGGAUCAAGACAGGGGCCUCAAUAUCCAUGCUUUGUUAGCAGGUCUUGGAGGUGGCUUUGGUUAUGUUGUUGGAGGAAUACAUUGGGAUAAAACCAGUUUUGGAAAAGCUGUGGGAGGGCAACUUCGUGUCAUCUAUGUCUUCACCUCAAUUACACUGACGAUCACUACUGUGUUGACGCUAAUUAGCAUUCCAGAAAGACCCCUGAGGUCCUUUAGCAAGAAGAAAAAGGUGAUGAAGAGUCCGAGUCUUCCUCUCCCUCCUUCCCCACCUCUCUUCUUUGAGGAAGGUGUAAAUGAAAACCUUGCUUCUCAUAACUCGGCUCAUUUAUAUGCAAGUUUUACAAGUCCAAUUUCUCCCCUCAGCCCACUCACACCCAAAUAUGGCAGUUUUGUCAGCAGAGACAAUUCUUUGACAGGAAUUAAUGAGUUUGCAUCAUCAUUUGGGACUUCAAAUAUUGACAGUGUGCUUAUAGACUGUUUUACUGGCGGGCACAAUAGUUACUUAGCACUUCCAGCUAGUGUUCCCAGGCAGCCUGUCAGUGUCAGCUUUCCCCAGGUUCCAGAUGGCUGUUACCACCAAGAAAAUGGAAUUUUGGAGCAAGGGGAGAGCAGCGUAACUCCAGGGGCUGAUGGCGAGGCACUAAGGGUGGGCUCACUGGAUGCAAUAAAGCCACGGUCAUCAGGGAUCCUGAAAAGACCUCAGACCUUGGCUAUUCCGGACAUUGUAACAGGACAUUGUCCAGAAAGUAGCAGAAGAAGAAAUGUGACUUUCAGCCAACAGGUUGCUAAUAUCUUGCUGAAUGGUGUUAAGUAUGAGAGUCAGCUGAACGGAUCAGGUGAGACCUCUGAGCAACCGCUCUCUCUGAAACUUCUGUUUUCCACCAUCUGCCACAUGCCCAAGGCUCUGCGUAACCUUUGCAUCAACCACUUCCUAGGCUGGCUUUCGUUUGAGGGCAUGUUGCUCUUCUACACUGACUUCAUGGGAGAAGUAGUGUUUCAAGGGAAUCCAAAAGCUCCUCACAACUCAGAUGAGUAUCAGAAGUACAACGCUGGGGUCACCAUGGGCUGCUGGGGAAUGUGCAUCUAUGCAUUCAGUGCUGCAUUCUAUUCAGCUGUGCUGGAGAAGCUGGAGGAGCGGUUCAGCACGCGGACUCUGUACUUUGUGGCAUACCUUGCUUUUGGGCUGGGCACUGGGCUGGCCACGGUCUCCAGAAAUGUGUAUGUGGUGCUGUCACUAUGUGCCACAUAUGGUGUCCUCUUUGCCACACUGUGUACACUGCCCUACUCCCUGCUGUGUGACUACUACCAGAGUCGCAAGUUUGCUGGCUCACAGGUGGAGGGCACGCGGCGUGGGAUGGGCGUGGACAUCUCCCUGCUGAGCUGCCAGUACUUCCUGGCUCAGAUCCUUGUGGCUGUGGUGAUGGGGCCUCUGACGGCGGCAGUGGGCAGCACUAGUGGUGUCAUGUAUUUUGCCUGUCUUGUGUCCUUCCUGGGCUGCCUUUUCUCUUCCCUCUGUGUCAUCUACGAGCUGCCGCCUGGUGCCGGACAUCGGAAUAGAGCACCCAAGAUGAGAACACAAGCUGUACUGCAGCAGCAUCUUAAGCAGCACCAAGACUGACUAGAGGUCUUGUACCAGAAUCCUUUAUUUUCUGUGUUGCGCUGUCUGCUCUCUUUUGAAAAGUUGAAGAUUCUGGGAUCAUGUUGUAUGUGAUAUAGUAUGUCCUUCAUGGUAAAAGCUUUGACUGGUUUUGGGGGGGUAGGGUUUUUUUUGUUUGAUUGUUUUUAAUGUGCAGAAAUGGCAGCUGCAUUGAAUAAAGAGAACUUUUGUGCAUAGAA